ACCGUUUAAACACAAACAGUAUUCGGUCUCUAUUGUGCGCUGAGACGUUCAACACGCCGACCUCGCGCGCCCUGCGUACCGUUAAGUUAAUAAAACGCUCACUGCAUUGUAGUGCGGGCGGCGGCUCAGCAGGGGGCGCGCUUACCGGAUCAGGAAUGACUGUUAACGUAUGUGCUGAUCCAGAGUCAGAGCUGUUAGCUGUUAGCUAAAGUUAUUCGGAAGAAAAACUGAUCUGGGAACAGCUAGCACCGCGCGCCGGCGGACAUGCGUUCGAUAUGUUUAUGGGGACUACCCAUAAGGGCGGUGUUUAUCACUUUUAAACGACAUUUAACCGAUGUGAGACAGCGCCGCUCACCCGGGAGACUCUGGUGAUAAAACCCACCGUAGCAAACUGUUAAAUUACAAUCAGAGCAGAGGAAUUUAGGUAAAAACGAAAGCUGAGCUCCGGUCACAGUUUACCGCUCCGGUGGCGAGUCGACUACAGCCGAAGUCCAUGAUAGCGCAGCAGAAACGUAGUUAUAAUCCACGCAGCGGGACACCCUGGAAGAGGCGGAGAACCCUCAGGAGGAUGCCGGGACACGCGGACUCGAUGUGAAAAUCGUCACGGCAAGAUGUGAGAUGAACCGGGAGAAAACAGCGACCGAGGCCAACGACAUCAUGUUGGUCCGGAGCUCGCCCGGCCGAGGCCGAGCCAGAGUGGCUCACGCCGUGGUGGUGAUCUUCCUGGAAUUCUUCGCCUGGGGGCUGCUGACCACGCCCAUGCUGACCGUCCUCCAUGAGACGUUUCCUCAGCACACCUUCCUGAUGAACGGCCUGGUUCAGGGAGUGAAGGGCUUCCUGUCGUUCCUAUCGGCGCCUCUGAUUGGUGCUCUGUCAGAUAUCUGGGGCAGAAGGUCCUUCCUCCUCAUGACGGUCUUCUUCACCUGCGCCCCCAUCCCCUUCAUGAGGAUCAGCCCCUGGUGGUAUUUCGCCCUGAUCUCCGUCUCCGGGAUCUUCGCCGUGACCUUCUCGGUGAUCUUCGCCUACGUCGCCGACAUCACAGAGGAGCACGAGAGGAGCACAGCCUACGGCCUGGUCUCGGCGACCUUCGCGGCCAGUCUGGUGACGAGCCCGGCCAUCGGGGCCUACCUGUCGGACAAGUACGACGACAGCCUGGUGGUCCUGAUCGCCACGGUGAUCGCGGUGGCCGACAUCGCCUUUGUGUUCUUCGUCGUCCCCGAGUCGCUGCCGGACAAGAUGAGGCUGACGUCCUGGGGCUUCCCCAUCUCCUGGGAACAGGCCGACCCCUUCGCUUCUCUGCGUCGUGUUGGGAAAGACACCACAGUGCUGCUGAUCUGUGUCACAGUGUUCCUGUCCUACCUGCCUGAGGCCGGACAGUACUCCAGCUUCUUCCUCUACCUGAGACAGGUGAUUGAGUUUUCUCCUGCAGCCAUCGCUGCCUUCAUCGCCAUGGUGGGAAUCCUCUCCAUCGUCGCUCAGACUGUGCUCUUCAGUGUUUUAAUGAGGACCAUCGGUAAUAAGAACACAGUCCUUCUCGGUCUGGGCUUCCAGCUCUUCCAGCUGGCCUGGUACGGCUUCGGCUCCGAGCCCUGGAUGAUGUGGGCAGCAGGAACAGUAGCAGCCAUGUCGUCCAUCACCUUCCCAGCAGUCUCUGCUCUGGUGUCACACAGUGCAUCACCUGACCAACAAGGUGUGGCUCAGGGGAUGAUCACAGGUAUCAGAGGUCUGUGUAACGGUUUGGGUCCGGCUCUCUACGGCUUCAUCUUCUUCCUGUUCAACGUGGAGCUGAACGACAUCAAGCCGGUGGCAGGAAGACCCACACAGAACACAGAGAAGUCGGUCAUCCCCGGUCCUCCCUUCCUGUUCGGAGCCUGCGCCGUCUUACUCGCUCUCCUCGUCGCCGUCUUCAUCCCCGAGCACCACCACUCGGCCGACAUCAAGACGUGCUCUGGCCGCAAAUUCAGUGGCUCCGCCUCCAAUGCCGCCGGGCACGCUCAGAGCGCCAGCCCUCAGGCCACGCCCACCAGCGACGCAGAGGACAUCGAGCCGCUCCUACAGGACAGCAGCAUGUGACUGACAGCCGGGCUGCUCGGCCAAUCACGGCACUGAGGCCUCAGUCCCACCCCCCUCCAAAAUAAACCAGUGUCAGCUUUUAUUUUUAAAGUUACUUUUUUUAAUUUCCUCAGAUUCAGACUGUUCAGGUGACGUCAGGUGACGUUAGGCGGCAACCACACUGACGAGCUGAUUUUAGUUUGAUGUUUUGGACGUGGAGAAAAAGGCGGAGCUUGACAGCACGUACAUGUCAGGGUCUGUCACCAUGAAACUCAAAAAGAAAAACCAGAACCUGGUCUGCAGCAGAUCAAAUUUAAGCCUUUUAAAAAUAUUGUUUAGUUUAUAUUUUUGCGUUAAAGGUCUUUUCACACCGGGGGCGUUUCUUCCGUGCGAUCAAUUUACUCAUCAAUUUUUUUUUGAGCUGUCGUUUUUGAAAAGACUGAAGCAAACUUCCCUGGACGACAGGUGUCAAAGUUUUAUAAAAUGAGUCGAUUUUUAUCAGUCAACUAUUUUGGUGAUUGAUUUAUCACUGUGGUUGUUUGACAAGCAAAAAUGCCAAAUAUUCUCCAGUUCCAGCUUCUCAAACAAGAUGAUCUGCUGCUGUAGACGACAUUAACCUGAAGGUCAGACAGAGAAGGGCUCUGAUAGCAACUUUAUUUUAACAUAAACGAAAUGAUUCCCAGGUGAAAGGAGAAGGACCAGACUCGAGUGAAAACAUAUCAUUUGUGAGCAUCAUCUCUCAGAGCAGCUUCUGAAAUCACUCGUUCGUCACAGCCGUCAGUCUGGUUGCCGCCUGAUCACCCUGCAGUCAGUUUGCCUUCCCUCUGCUGCACCUAACUCCACCCGUCAGGUCUGCAGAGGUCAGGAGAUCAAACGCUCCUGCUGAGGUGGAGGUGUGUUGAAUUCAUCGCACACCUGAAGACGAGAGACUGUUGUUUUCAAACUGAAACUUUUCACCGGGACAGAAGAACAGGGACAGGACAGUGAGGUCAGUAAGUUGUCACCUGCAGGAGGCAGUGUCGGCUCCAGGUCCAGUCUCCACAAACUGAUAGUUUACACGCUGGAUUUCUUUGCUGUGGAUAACUGUUACCAUGACAACAUGGCCGCCACACUGAGCAUGUGCGACCUCCGGCUGUGACAUCAUCAUCCUCUCCACAUCGAGGAGAAAAAAACAGCGUCUGGUCAGAAAUAACGACGAAUUUAGGAAAUUAAUUUAUGCAGUUUGAAGUGCUGUUAGGUGGACGAGUACGGAGGCUGAGAGAUGUCAAAAAGAGGAAAAUUAAAUUGUGUUUAUUCGUUUGUGCUCCUGAUUUAGUCAUUCAGGCCUUUGACUGAAGCCAUGAACUCAUUUGGAUUCUUGAUUAAGUAACCGCAGCUCUCGGUUUUGAACUUCGGGUUUAGUAUUCAACCUCUCAGUUUCCGCCUGUAGAGGGCAGCAAACCUGAUGCUCACUGAUCUCCAAGAUCAAACGAUGAGUGUGUGAGGGCUGCACACAAGACGAAGCUCAUACCUUGAAGCUGAUAAAUUGUUUUUAAUCAAGAGCACAAAUGAAUAAAUAAUACCCAAAAAACCUUUUUAUUUUCUUUGUGACUUCUCUCACACUCCGUACGCGUUUAUUUAUUUCACCAGAUCAUUUCCAGUUUCUAUCGACGUCUCCUCGUCUCUUCUUCUUGUGUUUAAAUACUUGAAGCGUGUUUUUAGCCUGUUACUUAUUUUCAGGCUGUUUUGAUCUGAAAGUGCUCCUCCUCCCCACCCGCCUGCCUCCACUCCAGGUCGGAUAAAUCGAGUGCUCCCGAGUUACUGAUGUAGUUUGAAUGUGUUGUUUCCAGUCCAGGCCUGAAGGUCUGAUCUUCGUUUGUGCAGCGAACGCUCCGCUCUCGUCGUCUUUACUUUGAGAUCAAACCACAGAAUCGAUCUGAGGGGAGUCGGCAGGUUGUUGAGAACCAAAUUGUGCCAUGUUUUUUAUUUUUCUUUGACUUUUUUUGUUACUUUUGCCUUCUGUUUACCGAGUUUUUAAGAGGUCAAACCACCACAUUCCAAAAAAAUCCACUGAUAAGCAGGGACAGGAGAUUUGUAGCAGCUGAGCUAAAAGAUGCAAAACCUCCAACGUAUUUACUCACAUUACAGGAUCACAUGCCGAGUCAGGACUGACCCGUUUACACUGGUGUUAAUGAUGCGAUCUGGAUCCAAAGACCUUAAAUCACACAAAACAAAAACAACAGGUGCUAAACUUGACUUAGGACUUGUUGGUCUUGACCUAGGUCUGGUUACCAUGGUUACCAGAUAAGGGAGGAUCUGCAGGUCCGUGAUACGACCACAGGUGUGAACGUUUCUAGAUACAGAUUGCAUUUUAAUACCAGGUCAGUCAGUGUUCUGGAUGUUACGUUAAUCCAUCAUCACCUUAAACAGAUCUUUGUUCAUCCUCACGUUUGUCACUUGGUCCUAAUUAUUAUAAACAGGAUAUGUGCUGCGUUCAAAUUAUAUCAGAUGUGUGGGAAAUUCAAGCUCCUGCCUGGUGAAGUUGGCUCAUGUCUGCCCCCUGGUGGCUUGAGAAACAGGAAAAAAAAGGAACCAGGACUUUACUUUAGUCUCUGUGUCGGCUUCCUGGUGUUUUUCCACCAACCAGCAUGACACUGAACACAGCAUUAAUGUCGUCACAGCUACAGAAACACCUGAACGUCCUGAUGAAGAUGAGGUAGAUGAUGGUGUGUAGUUUCAUGAAGCACAAUCACGCUAGAACCACAGCAGAUUUGUCCUUUAAUGCAGCAGAGAAGAAUCUCUAAAAUUCAGAUUUCAGUCUUCAUCUCUAAAACGCCUCAUUAUUAUUUUUAUCUUCAGCUUUUUCUGUUUCUGAACCAAACUCCUCGACUGAGACUUUACUCUCGCUUCAUGUUUUGUCUCUCUGUCGCUGAAGAUGUCAGACAAAGACAGAUGGACCUACAGUAUAUUUUUCUACAGUCAGUCUGAAGCUCUGCAGACAGAGUUGUUACUGAAUGUCCCUGAAUCCACCACGUUGUUGUUAUUGUUACUGGACUCGUCCUCAUCCUCCUCCAGUUCAGCUCUGUCUCUCUGGUCCUCACGUCUUCACGUCGCAGUGGAAAGUUUCUCUCGAACAACGUCACUUCUCAUCACAUGAUUUAAUCUACGUCCGAUGGCUUUAGAUACAAAAACAUAUAUUUCAGCCAAAUACUGAAGGCCCUGCUUCAAAAAUAUGAAUAACUUCGAUUACUGAUCUGAUUGGAAGGAAAGUUUAAUUGCUGAAACCAUAGAUCCUCCAGAGAAAAGACGUCUCACUCUGUUGGAUUUGUUUGAACUACAGAAACGACUGAAAUCUGAAAGAUUCUGGCUUUCAAAUCUGUUUUUGAAUUUAAAUUAGAAAUUAUUUUUCUGCUUUUUUGACUGUGUACAGGAACCAUGGUAACAUCCAAACUCUGUCUUCAGAACUUAUCUUAAAUUUUCUAUUUUUAGAACAUCCAUUUAUUUUUACAAAGUUGUUGUACAUUUAACAUUUGACAACUUUUACUUCAGUAAAGUAUCUGAUUACUUCUUCCACCACUGAAAGUCACACAGUAACACAGACACACUAACAGAUGGAGGCAGUGGGAUUCCAGCAGCUCCUGGUUAAAUCCCUGUUUUUGUCAGUGGAGUCUGGUACUGAUAUAGAGAGAUGUUUCUGGUUAAACUAAAAGGAUUUUUAAUAAAAAGCUGUAGGAAUCCUAUCCAUAAUGACACAAAAACAAGCACUUUAGUAGACGUCUGCUGACACGGACACGGGCGAUUUUCGUCUCUAUCAAUCAAUUACACCCAGAAACAUCAGAAAAAUUUACCCUUUAAGCUUUGAAAAGAUGAGGUGCGUGUUUUAAUUUUCCUGUGGGACGUGAAGAUGACAAAAUGGCCGCCAGAGAGAACAUCAGCGAUUUAACAAACGUGUGACUGAAGCUUUUAAAAAAACGUCUUUGUACGUCAGCGAAAAAGUAACUGAUGCAGUCAGAUGUUUCCAAACCCCCCCCCCCCCCCGUGUACAUGAUGCAGAACAUUUGCUGAUUGCUGCACUUUAAUGUCUCUGAACGUUGUGCCUCUAAUCAUUCUCCAUGUUCAUAUCUGUUUUUAUAUAUAAACAAAGAGACGCUGAAUGACGUCCACGUGUUGUGCAUUUUGCUUUUAUCUUAUUAAGAACAUAAUUUUGAAAAAUAUCUAUGAUAAUAAGAAUAAUAAUAAUAAAGAGAAAUGUAUUGAAUUUGA